CCCAGCCUCCCUCCCGCCGCCAGGCUGGGUCCGUAUUCGCCAAUGGGAAAGCAGAGUUUCCAGGGACCGUUCUCGGUGGCCAAUGAGCGCGGCGGGGGGGCGGGCCUCUCCCGUCCAUUGUUCUCGGUGCCCCUCGGGCUUGAGCCGCUGCGACUCCGGAGGGGCCGGACCGUGCCCGGGGGCGCUUUAGCGCGUGGAGCGACCGGGGAAGUGGCAUCCGGUCUCUGGAGAGCCAGACCACUUGUUGAAACUGGAGAAGGGUGCCGUCUUCUCAGGGAGCCUGCCUGGAGAAGACCGAAGGUCAAGAUCAGAAGCCUGAGUGAUUCCAACCCAAGGACGUGGAUGAUGGCCUCAGAGGGGCCGAGAGUAACUGCUCCGCGAAGCCCUGUAGUCUGCCUCCCUCAGGAGGAAGACAACCAGGAGGAGGAGGUGGCCACCGUGAUCCUGGAGGACGACUCCUGGGUACAGGAAGCUGUGCUGCAGGAAGAUGGCCCUGAGACCGAGCCCUUUCCCCAGGGUGCUGGCAAGGGCAGCCCCCACGAGGACGUGGCCGGAGGGCCGCAGGGGGCACUCGGCCGCCUUCGAGAGCUCUGCCGGCGCUGGCUGAGGCCAGAGAUGCACACCAAGGAGCAAAUGCUGACCGUGCUACCCCGGGAAAUUCAGGCCUGGCUGCAGGAGCAUCGGCCCGAGAGUGGCGAGGAGGCGGUGGCCCUGGUGGAGGACUUGACCCAGACCCUUCGGGACAGUGAUUUUGAGAUCCAGAGUGAAAAUUGGGAGAGCUCCAACCAGGACAUAUUCGAGGACGUCGACUCCCACGAGAUGUUCUCAGACGUGCCGGAAGGGGAAGCCAUCCCGCAGUCCGACUGGGAAAGUGACGUGGAGAGAGACUGCAACCCCCAGGGGCCCCGGAGAAACACCCCCAGGAAGGACCACGGGGUGGUGCCCGCCCCGGGAAGGGAAGCUGGCCAGCUCAUCGGCCUCCAGGGCACCUACCUGGGCGAGAAGCCCUACGAGUGUCCCCAGUGCGGGAAAACCUUCAGCCGAAAGUCCCACCUCAUCACCCACGAGCGGACUCACACGGGCGAGAAAUACUACAAAUGUGACGAGUGCGGCAAGAGCUUCAGCGACGGCUCCAACUUCAGCAGGCACCAGACCACACACACCGGGGAGAAGCCCUACAAGUGCCGGGACUGCGGCAAAAGCUUCAGCCGGAGCGCCAACCUCAUCACCCACCAGCGGAUCCAUACGGGCGAGAAGCCCUUCCGGUGCGCUGAGUGCGGCAAGAGCUUCAGCCGGAGCCCCAACCUCAUCGCGCACCAGCGGACCCACACGGGCGAGAAGCCCUACUCGUGCCCCGAGUGCGGCAAGAGCUUCGGCAACCGGUCCAGCCUGAACACGCACCAGGGAAUCCACACAGGCGAGAAGCCCUACGAGUGCAAGGAGUGCGGCGAGAGCUUCAGCUACAACUCCAACCUCAUCAGGCACCAGCGGAUCCACACGGGCGAGAAGCCCUACAAGUGUCCCGACUGCGGCCAGAGGUUCAGCCAGAGCUCGGCCCUCAUCACCCAUCGGAGGACGCACACGGGCGAGAAGCCCUACCAGUGCGGUGAGUGCGGCAAGAGCUUCAGCCGCAGCUCCAACCUGGCCACGCACCGCCGGACCCACCUGGUGGAGAAGCCCUACAAGUGUGGGGAGUGCGGCAAAAGCUUCAGCCAGAGCUCCAGCCUUAUCGCCCACCAGGGCACGCACACGGGCGAGAAGCCCUACGAGUGCCGGACGUGCGGGGAGAGCUUCAGCUGGAGCUCCAACCUCCUGAAGCACCAGCGGAUCCACACAGGCGAGAAGCCCUACAAGUGCGGGGAGUGCGGGAAGGGCUUCAGCCAGCGCUCCCAGCUGGUGGUGCACCAGCGGACGCACACGGGCGAGAAGCCCUACAAGUGCCUCAUGUGCGGCAAGAGCUUCAGCCGGGGCUCCAUCCUGGUCAUGCACCAGAGGGCCCACCUGGGGGACAAGCCCUACCGCUGUCCCGAGUGCGGCAAGGGCUUCAGCUGGAAUUCAGUGCUUAUCAUCCACCAGCGGAUCCACACGGGUGAGAAGCCCUACAAGUGCCCCGAGUGCGGCAAGGGCUUCAGCAACAGUUCCAAUUUCAUCACCCAUCAGCGAACUCACCUGAAGGAGAAGCUCUACUGAAAGGGCAGAGAGGGAGGGAGCAUGAGGCACAGGGGGCCCGGGAAAGGGACCAGCCACCCUGCCCUCAUGCAGGGAUGCGUCUUUAGAGGAGCCGUUCCUCCUGAAGGCGUGUUGCCAGGAUCUUAACCCCUGCUCACUCUCACUGCUAGGAUCCCGUCACAUCAGAGUCAGAGUCAGAUGGCGAGAACCGAGCAUGGGAACGGAAGCUCGGAAAGUUCAGUCCAUUUCCUGUGACAUUUCUCGACUCGGUUGGCUCCGUCUCUCCUGAACCUCUGUGCCUCCGUUUCCCCUUUGAUAGAACAGGGAAGGUAGUUCUCCGUGUGCAACAGAAGCCAGCGGGGCCCUCGUUGCAGAGAGAGGCCCCAGACCUGGUCCUCCUGCUGCCACUGGGGCUGAGGUCCCUUCACCCGAGCUGCGAGCAUCCCAGGCCCCGGGCCUUGGCAGAACUGGCUCUUCCUGCCUCUGGGUCCUGGGUUUGGAUUUCGGGUCAAGGCGGAGGGCUUCUCCUGUUCUGAGUCAUCCACAUGAAGGUAAAGUCCUUUCCUAGAAAGUAUCAGGAACAUGGAAACACGAGGGAGUCUAGCCAGGAACCUUUCCAUUGAUAGGAGGUUGCCCAGGGCUGCCAGGGAAGGCAUGACGGAGAAGCGACGUGUUUACUUUUUGUCUCUGCUCACUGUCCUGGGGUAGGUCGGCUGGGGGUGGGGGACGCACAUACUCUUGCAGAGUUUCAGUUUUCGAGUGUGAGGUGUCAUCGGAGCCCUCAGCUGCCCCCCUGGUGCGUGGUGUUUCUGUCUCAUUCCGGGUGAUCGUCCUGCACUCUGCAGAGUGGCCUUGCAUCUUUGCCCGCCAGAUCCGUGGCCCUGUAAUCGCCACCCUGUGUAUUUGUCGUUUCUGUCUUACGUACGCAGACCUAGAGUUCCAUCUGGUGGCAUUUGUGUACAGAGAGCAUUCUUUUUACGGUUGAUUUUGAGGCCACAUCGUCUGUCGCCUGAAGAGAUCUGGGCUUGAAUCAAGAGAAGGUGUCUCCCUUAAUCUUGAGACGCUCCCAGGGCUUUGUUCUCGGCCAUGAAACAGUCGAGACAGGAUGAUAGCAGGUGAAGGGGUUUGUUAGGAGGGAAGAGGAUGGUAAAAACAGGUUUUUCUCUCCUAUGCGUGGGGUCUGCACUCAGAAUGCACCUUGGUUUUUACAGGAUGGCUGCUCCAAAUCGCCUAAUAAAGUCGAGUCCCAUUCUU